AUGGUGUCCUAUGGCGGCGGUGGCAGUAUGGAGUCCUAUGGCGGUGGCAGCAUGGUGUCCUAUGGCGGCGGCGGCAGCAUGGUGUCCUAUGGCGGCGGCAGCAGCAUGGGGUCCUAUGGCGGCGGUGGCAGUAUGGUGUCCUAUGGCGGCGGCAGCAUGGUGUCCUAUGGCGGCGGCGGCAGCAUGGUGUCUUAUGGUGGCGGCGGCAGCAUGGUGCCCUAUGGCGGCGGCAGCAUGGUGUCCUAUGGCGGCGGCAGCAUGGUGUCCUAUGGCGGAGGCAGCAUGGUGUCCUAUGGCGGCAUGGAUACCUGUGAUGUCGCCUUGGGCUCCGGUGGCGCGAACAAGCGGCUGUGGUUGGUGGCGGUGAUGAUUGAAGCAGCAGUCCACCUGACUGUGCUCCCCCAACGUGAUUGGCGGUGGCGGCGUACGUAA